GAUUUGAAUCUGCCCCGUUGUGGCCCAAUCAUGAAUAAAAUAAAGCCAGACGGAAACAUGGGAUUCACCAGACGACAUCGUUUGGAUAUUUCCAUUCGAAAACUCCGUAACCCCGCAAAAGCACAAAAGAAACUUUUAGCGGUAAUUAAAAUGUUAAAAACAGUGGUUAGUUUGGGUUCUCUCCGCACAAUCCUGGAAUGGCUUUUCUCGGAUCCAAUGUAACCAGCGAGGUUGGGCUACGGUUGCUCCUCUGCCCACUUGGUUCCAACAUUGUUACACGUGCAGCAUGCUGUUCUGUGGGAAUUGUUUUACCUGUAUAUUCUACAUUUAGGGCAAUCGAAAGGAAUGAUGCAAAUGAGCAGCAAAAGUGGCUUACAUAUUGGGCAGCUUAUGGAUCUUUCACCCUUGUUGAAGCAUUCUCUGACAAACUUCUUUCCUGGUUUCCAUAUUAUUAUCACUUCAAGUUUGCAUUUCUUGUGUGGCUUCAACUUCCAUCUACUGAAGGGGCUAAGCAAAUAUACAAGAACCACCUGCGUCCUUUCUUGUUGAAACAUCAAGCUGGAGUUGAUCAACUUAUGGGCUUUGCAUGUGCUGAAAUGGCAAGAUUCAUCAGCACGCGCCCAGAAGAGUAUCAAUUUGUUAGGACAAUGCUCAAGAAGAUUAGAGGAUCCGCACGCCCAAAGGUGAGUGAACCAAAGGGGCUACGUGCAAUCAGUGGCCAAACAAGAAUGAUCUCAAAUCCAGAAUCUGAUCAUGACUGACGAACAAGAAUCAUCUCAAAUCCAGAGUCUGAUCACGACUGACUUUUAGUUUCUCUUUCCCAAAGGAGAGAGCUGUAGGUUAGUACCAUG